AUGGCUUCUCCUAGAUCAGGAAUUUCUAUCUAUAAGUGUCUUUCUCCAAAUAUAUCCACUAUUAGACAUACCACAAGUCCAAAAACACCUGUAAGAAAUUCUUUAACUCUAGAAGAUAUUUUUGCAAACCAUAAGGUUUCACCAAUUUUUAAUAUUGAUAGUCCUUAUAAAAAAAAAAUAGUUAAUGAAGGUUUUUUGGAACAACAUCAUACAGUACUUGGAAAUGGAGCUUUUGGAACAGUUUAUAAGGCAUAUUAUAAGGGCAAAAAGGUUGCAGCUAAAAUAAUUAAAAGUAAUAAUAAAGGGAUAGGUUCAGUGGGUAUGGAAAGAGAAGCAGCAUUUUUAAGACACAUGAAUAUUAUAAAAAUUCUUAAUGUUGAUGAAGGACCUGUCUUAACGUUAAUUACAAUGGAAUUAUGUGGUAAUUCAUUGCAAAAUAUUCUUGAAGAGAGUUCAAUUACUAAACAUCAAAGAAUUCACAUUUGGCAAUCAAUAGCUAAAGCAUUAAAAUAUUGUCACAAAAUGGGCAUUGUUCAUGCUGAUGUAAAACCAAAAAAUGUUUUAAUGGGUAUGGAUGAUCAACCAAAACUAGCUGAUUUUGGAAGUGCUGUUUUUGUUAAUGAUCUUUAUAUUCCUUUUGAUUUUCAUGGUACUCCUGGAUAUGCUGCACCAGAAGUUGUCCGUGGUAAAUUACCUACACCUUUAUCAGAUAUUUAUUCUUUAGCUAUUCUGGCUUGGCAAAUGCUUUCAAGAAAACCACCUUUUGCAGGAUUACAUACUCAUACUAUUCUUUAUCUAACAGGAAAAGGGAUAACACCUAUUGAUUAUACUUUGAAUGAUGGCUUUCAAGGAAAGUACAAAGAUUUGUAUAAAAAAUGUUGGAAUAAGCAAUGUGACGAAAGACUUAAUCUUCUCACAAUACUUAAAAAAUUAAAAAUACUAGAAAUUAAUAUUUUUAAGGUUAGUUUUUAAAGUUUUCAAGUUUCUGGCAUGUCUCCACCAGGUACAAGC